CUUUGGUUCUCUAGUUCACUCUCUAACUUUAUGUCAAGCGGUGGACUAAAGGUGGACUUCUGUUUAAAGAGGAAAAUAUUUUUGUUUUUGUCGUGAAUCUGUGAACAUGUUUAACAGCUUGCUGAAGGACUUUGAUGAUGACCCGUUUUUUACCAGCGAUCCAUUUUCUGCUCAUAGGGACCACAUGAGGCAGAUGAUGCGCAGCUUCUCCGAACCAUUUGGUGCAUCCUCCAUGCCCAGCAUCACAGAUGGGAGAAACCGCAGACGUAAUGUAGCAGAGUCUCCAAGCUCAUCUCUUUCCCUCAGAAACCAGCACAGGGAUAUGAGCCAGUCGUUGUUGCCUUUUGGCAGCAUUGAAAGCACGGACAUGAUGCAGAACCCUUUCAGCAUGUUUGGCAGCGUGAUGAACAGUGUGAGAAACAGGAUGGAAGAAGUGAACAGAAACUUUGAGAACUCGUCAGCAGAUUCCAACACCCACUCGUUCAGGUCUUCAUCAAUAAUGACAUAUUCAAAAGUUGGAAAUGAGCCUCCCAAGGUCUUCCAGGCCACUUCGCAGACGCGCUGCGCACCUGGAGGGAUUAAGGAGACACGCCAAGCCCUUAAAGACUCUGAAAGUGGUCUGGAGAAGAUGAAGAUUGGACACCACAUCAAGGACAAAGGGCAUGUUGUGGAGAAGAAAUGCAAUAAGAAAACUGGAGAGAGAGAGUUCAACCAGGACUUUCAAAAUAUGGAUGAAUCUGAAGCACAGUCAUUUGAUGAGGAAUGGCAGCAGGCGGUGUCCAAGUUUCAAUCAUCAGCCCCCAUGUCUAACCUUGUGCAGCUCCAUGCUGCCCACCACGCCGCCCUCCCUGCUCCUGAGCAGCAUAACGCUGCCCUCCCUGCUCCUGAGCAGCACCACAGAGAUAAAAGGAAGAGCACGUUGGAGGGUAAAGACUCAAACAAACCCAACCAGUAAACGUUUGUCUUUGUGUUAUUAAAAGUCUUUUAAGAAACUCAAAGCUCACAGUGGUGCCUGUCCCCUACAGAAACACACACCACCACCAAACCGAGAACGUUCUAAUAAUAGCUCGACAGACAAUGUUAUUUUACGUAUCUGUUCCUGGGUGCCCUCACUGACCUGCAUGUUUUAGAUGUUUCCUCUUAACAUCUGGCUUGGACUUAUGGUCACUUAUGAAGCAUCUAAAAAGCUUUAUGUCUAUAGAAGUAUUUUAUUAUUAUUUUUUUUUCCAAUUAAAUCUGUAUGACAAAUUACGCUUCAACACAGUGAAGAGCACCAAGCUCUUUAAGACCAGGAAACAGCGAGCAGGUCAGGAGGGGAAGUUUAGAGCCGGAUUAGAUUGUAAACAAUAUUCCAAACGUCUCAUCUUUAAUCCAGUACCUAAAAAUGGAAAUAGUGUCACCCACAUAAACUAGACGGUCAAGUAAGGAUAGCAUUAAAAAAGGCUUUCUGGGUUACAUGAAAACAGCUGUUUCACUUUAACCUUUAUAAAAAGAUCAAAUUUUCACACUUUCGUUGUGAAACACUGAGUUCUUUAUGUGAAAUAAAGCAAUGCUUGUAGGAUAUAUGUAGUUAUAUUUACAAUUCAUGUCUAAAUGUAUUUAAAAGUUUUAUUCUUUGUACAAAUCUUUUGAACUUCUCUUUUAAUAUUGUUGCUUGUUUGCAUAUGCGGAACCUUCUGCUUUACUGCAAAGUCCAGAAAACACUGCAUUCGAUCAAUACAUCCAACUAUAUUCUUGUACUUUUUAUGUUUAAAUCAUCAGUUCAGGGUGUCUGAAAAUAAACGAGUGGAAAGUAAUCCGAUGCUACCUUUUAGCAUUCCCAUUGCCGUUUUAUUUUAUUAGAUACCUGAGUACGAGAGUGCAAGUAUACUUUGAUGACCUUUUUACGCCUACUGGUGACUCAGAAGUAUUUUUGGUUGGCAGCACUUGUCAGUCGCUUGGAUGUGCCUGAGGUGUUGUGCAGCUGCAGGCCAACCAUACAACACUAGCUUGUUUGUAUAAUCAGACCAUCAAACUUCAGGACACUUCCGAGCCUCUGAUCUUAACAGUUCUUGUUCAACCCCUCUCUACGUCAAAUGUGAAGAUUUGUCCUCUUUCUACGUACAACAAAACUUCGCUUUUGGAUAUAAGUGUGAUUCACCACCUUUGAGUUUAGUGUGUAAUUCAUCACCUUGUCAUCAUGUUCUCUUUUGAAGCUUUUUCAUAAAAAAAAAAGAACCAAAUAAGAAAGAAUUUGGCAUAUUUUCCUGUUUAUACUGAUUAAAGUGAUCAAGGUGUGCAGAAAAAAGUUUUAAUAGUCAAUACAAACAGGUUACAAAAUAGUUCUUGGAACUUUGUUGCCUCCUGCUGGUCACAAAGCAUCACUGUCAGGAAUAUUUACACAGCAUUUAACCAAAAUAAAAAACAUGGAAAAUUGUGGCUUUGCCUCCUCUUAUAACAUACCAAAAAAAAAAAAAAA